AUGGCUCCCCGCACUCUUGACACCAUUAAGAAGGAGCACAAGACUGCUCACCGCCGCCACCGCAGUCGUCCCUCGCAGACCGACAUCAUUGACUCCCUCGAUACUGUCGGUGGAGCUUACCACCACAGUGGUCCUUUUGAUGCCGCUUCCGCCAGCAUGAACACCCACAAGAAGUACUCGCCCCUCGAGGCCGUCCGUGACUCCAACAUGGAGGCCCUCAAGGCAACCCCUCCGGAAUAUAUCAAGGACUCCCUUGAGAGAAAUCUACCCCUCCAGGGCACCGCUACCAUCCCCAGUGGCUACACAGACCUCUCAGGCAAUGUCAUGCAAUAUGAGGAGGGCACCGAUAUGAUGCGUGACCCUUCUGCCGGGGGUGGUGCUUACAAGCGAUGGGACGGAAUUUCUCCGUUCAUGCAUGACCAUGCUAACCACUAUGACGUCCAGACAUACCACCCUGACGACCUCAAGGGCAAGGGUCCCGAGUUCGAAUACGAGCGCGACCUCAAGCUCAAGAAGGCCCAAGGACAGGAGGAGGGUGUUGAGAUGCUCCCCCAGCGCUCCAGCCACAACUUCCGCAAUGGCGACGACCGUGCCACCUCUGCCGUUGACGGCAUCUCCACUGGCCGACGGGUCGCCGAUGGUGUUAAACGCCGCCUUGGUGGCCUGUCACGAAAGAGAGAUGUGCUCGUCAACUAA